AUGAGAGCCAGAAAAAAAAAUUCUGAUAGACAAGUUGCGAAAGAUUAUGGUGUUGUGGUUUCUACACUGACGCGUCGGCACCAAGGCAUCACACAGGCAGGUGCAGCUGCCAACUCUACGCGUCGAAGUCUCAGCCAACAACAAGAAGUAGAGCUUCUACAAUAUAUCAAACAGCUUACCAAACGUGGCCUUCCUCCUACACGGCAGAUGUUACAGAGCUUUGCCUCAAAUAUAGCCAAAAAGCAAGUCUCAAUGUCCUGGGUUGAUCGCUUUAGACGGCGGAACAAGGAAUCCUUGAUAUCUCAAUGGACGGCCGGCAUCGAUAACAAUCGCCAUGAAGCUGAUUCCUUAGCCAAAUAUAAGCUCUAA